CCCGGGGCAGGGAGGUGACGGCGGGAGGUGACAGCGAUGCUGGCGCUGCUGGUGACGCUGGUGGCCGCGCUGGGGUUUGGGGGGGCGAGCGCGCAGUGCCCCUCGCCCGCCCAGCUGCGCCCCGCCAACGGCACCCGGCUCUGCGCGCUGCUCUACGCCGACGCCAGCCCCUACUACGAGCAGUGCUGCGCCGGGGCCGCGCUGGACGUGCCGCCGGGCACCGACAUGCCCUACAUGCCCCGCGGCUGGGCCGGCCGCGCCUCCUCGCUCGUGGUGGGCACCCGCUGCGAGCUCACCGUCUGGUCGCGCCGGGCCAAGGAGGGCAACAUGCGCCACUUCAGCGCCGGCGCCGUGCCGCGGCUGCAGGAGGUGCACCGGGGGCUCUUCGGCCACUGGAACGACGCCAUCCGCGCCCUGUACUGCACCUGCAAGUGA